AGUGCCCGGAUUUUGUAUACAAAAAUGCAGAUUGUGUCACUACAAAACUUUUCGUUGCCUGCUCGAGUGUAAUGGCUUAUUUUCCUAGAAUUGGACCUUUUUACGAUCCACAAAAUGAGCAACAGUUGUACGGGGGGCAAGAUGGUCGAUUACGGUCAAAAGGCGCAGAGGCAAAAUUAGUGAAUGGAUUAAGUCACGGUGUUGAUCAAACCACAUCCAGCCAUUCCAGACAUUUUGAUGGCUCCUGGACAAACAUAGUGCAAGAUGGUGGAAACUUGUUCUACAGUGAACCUUCAAGCAGAAGUGAGAGUGCCUACCAUUCUAGACAAGCCAGCUACCAGUCCAUGACCAGCCACCAUUCCAGACAAGCAAGCUACCAGUCUACUGGCAGUCACCAAUCAAGUAGUAGCGACUCACCUCGGCAGCAGUUUCAUCGACAAAGUUCCCAGAAUUCCAACUAUAGCAAUAAUUCACAUCGGAGUAGUAGCAGCCAUAGGUCAAGCCAUGGAGUGUCGCCAAUUGUUGACAGUUACAGUCAUGGUGUAAGACAGUCCCCUAGAGAGACUGGUACCCGGCAGGCUGAUCAGGGGUAUGCUUAUGCAGCUAGAAAUUCUUUGGAUCAUGGUGGUGCUGUGGUUGCAAGUAACAAGCCUGUGGUGAAGCCUGCAAGUGGAAAUUCUGUUACCUCAAACAAUAGCUAUGGACAGUCUGGUAAGAGGAAGUCAGUGAUAAUGGUGCCAAAUACUGCUAAUGUAAGUGAUAUUAGCAGAUCACAUGGUGUUGAAUUAUGUGAAAAACUCUUUGGAAUAAAAUUGUGUCAUCAUAAACAUAAGCCGCCUCGACCCAAUGGUGUGAAUGUUGACCACAGUUUACGGGAUAGGAAGAUCAUUGUACAAGGAGUGGUGGAGAAUACUGAUGCAGACCAUUGUGGCAAUAUCAACAGAGGCGACAUGCUGGUGGGUCUGAAUGACCUUGAUCUCACGUGGGUCAACAUGGACGACAUGCUGCGACAGGCGGCCAGCAUGCCUCAGGUAAAGCUGACAUUCCAGUCUCCGGUGGUGAUUGGGCCAAAGUCAUCAACCCCUCCCCCUGUGCCACCCCACAUCCCCCUCCAUCAUCGCUGUACCCCCCCACCCAGACCCCCACCCCCGGGCUCCUGGAGUGAGACACGCCUUGACCUGGUUGCCACGACGACCGGAGAGUCGAGGCCUGUCGUCAUGGACUCUAUAGGGCAUUAUUUGGUUGCUGUUAUGUACUUAACCAUGGCUGGUCAAUCUGAAAAUUCAAAAGUUGACGUGGUAUACCAGUUUCCACAUGAGGACAACAAGCUUGUAGAGCUGCGUGGACUGUGUCUGACUUUGGCUGGAAUGCUGCCUGACGUAACCAGUAACACUGCAAAGAUGACGUGUGUACAGUACAGGGGUCGCAACAACAACAUAGUCUACUGGAAAGGGGAGCAAGAUGUGUGGUUACUGGCCCUACCUGAGGAGUCUGUCCCUGCCUUCUACGUGCACAAUAUCUUCAGUGAUCUCAUACAAGUUGUGCAAGUGUUAUACGGCUCUGUUCAAAGAGCUUUCCAUGAUCGAGAGCUGCACAGUAAGCUGGAUGAUCUGGUGACCUUGACCUUGUACCGGGUGUUGCAACCGGGUGUUCACACACAGACAGUCCCCUACUGCAGCCCACUAGAGCCGGUAUUGGUGGACUGUUUGUCAGGGAUCAGGUGGCUACGUCUAGCGGCCGAUGACAAGAUUUCCUGUGAUGAGAUUUUAAAUGAAUUUGAAGCGCAGGACUUUUGUGAUAUUGAGGGCAUAGACCAAGAUGAAAGAAGGAAGUAUGGAGUUUUGGGAUCAUGUCUGUUUUAUCAGGAGUAUGUCUUGUGUUCCCACCUGUGUCCCGCGGACCUCAAGGACGUGCACCUGUACCUCAAGUACCACCACAUACUGGCUCUGGUUGCUAGGCAACCUGUGGAUGACCUGGUUCUCUGGGAGGAGGUUUACCCCACUCAUCUGUGUCAUGCACGGGGACCGGACAUCCCUGGCUACAGGGAACCAAGAGCCCGCUGGUUCCUGCUUGUUGUCAGUAUGCGUCACUUCCUGCUGUGUACCCUCCUGGAGGCGGGGAGCUAUGCGGCCCCAGUGAAGGGCCAGGCCCCAAUGUUCCAGUUCCUCACUGACCAGUCGAGAGAUACGCUGGCCCAGUUGGACCUGGACGAUACAGACAUUGAGUUGCAGUGUUCAGAGAGAUUGUUCUCGGUGCAAUCUGGACCCUGCUUGGUGUCUAUAAACUCAGAGAAACAAGCUUAUUUAAGUGGAAAUGUCUCACAAACAACAGCUACCCCAUCUCCUAGAAAAGUUUCAGAAGACGCGGACCGCGUGUCCAUCAGUACAUCCAUCCAUACACCCAAUGUGGCGCCAGACCGCCUGUCCGUCCAUACACCCAAUGGCGCCCCUCUGAUUCAUCGCCAGGGUAGCAGGAUUUCCUUUGGAUCAAAUGACUCCUCUGGUAGCAUGCACAGCUUGAACAAGAUUCAGGUGAAAACCCCUUUAAAAACGGCAUCAGAAAGUGAAAGUGUAAACAGAAGUUUCAGCAGGGAAAAUGGAAGAAUCAACUGUGAUAUCAAGUUAACGCGUGGACUUCACAACCAGUUACUACACUACAUGACGUAUGACAGCUUUGAGGGUGUGUUGGUCAGCCCCUCCCCCCACGACCUGUCUGCAGUCCAGGCUAGCCCCACCCACAAACAUGUGCUCUACAACUUCUAUGCCUCGAGUCUGAGAAUACGCGAGACGUUUGCCAACAGACUCUCUAAAACACGGAACACAGAUGCACGGUCUGAGGGUCAGUGUGGAGCCUUGAUGGAGGAGGGGGUGAUGUUCACGUGCCAGCUGGGACCUGGGGCUGACACCAAGAGACCCCCCACAGUGGGCCGAUACUGGGUCAUAGGGAGACAUAUGCCUGAAGGUCAUGAGAUGUAUGUGUGUUUAGAGGACGGUUCCCCCCAGUCACUGUUGGAGCUGGCCUUCUCAUGUUGGUUUGGUCUCACCUGAGGCCCAGAUGGUACAUCCCUAUCAUGCCAUAGAGUCAUUUGCUAUAAUCUGGGAAAGAUCAAGGGUCACACAAGUAGUAAGGAGCAUAGCCCAGCACAUAGCUCUUUUGCUCUAGACUUUUGUACGGGGUAUACAGGUUCAGUGAAGUGUGUUUAUGAAUUCCAUUCAAUACAUCUCCAAAUUCAAGCAAAGGCCAGAUGGUGCAAAGGAAUCAUUUUGUAGCAGGUAACUAACAAACAAUAAUGGUCAGACCAUGCUUCAUUAAACUUGUUAUGAAGCUGAUAUUACAUUCCUAUCUUGCCAUGAAUUAGCUUUGAUUGUGAUGAAUGCUUAACAAAUAAAACUAAAUUGAGCCACGUCAUGCAAAAAUGGGUCUUAUUCCAUAUUCAGCCAAAACAGCUUUAGACCAGCUUAUGGCAUGACUUCAUUGCAGAUAGCAAUGCUUCUGACAAGACUGCGCAGGCUGGUACUGAGCUAAGCUAGAGGCAAAUGGCAUAAGACCCAUGUUCACAUGACGCAGCUCAUUUCAGUUAAAGGUUGUAUGGGUGUCAUGUGAAAUAUUUAUUUCAGAGACACCCAAAUUGCAUUAUGUAUUAUUUAUAUAUACAUAGUCAUAAAUACUCGACGUUAUUCAAUCCAAAGAUAACAUAAGGUAAAUGUUUAUAUUUUUCAUUUGGAUAUGUACAAUAUAUAACUGCUGCUAUUUUAUGUGCCAUUCAAAUGUAUCCAUUAGUAAUGAAUAGAUUGAAUCUAGGAGGUCAUUUUGUUUUAGGUUUUAAUUAAAAUGAUCCCUUUUGGGUACACAAUGUGUUGUAUUAGUAAUAUAAGUAGAUUUAGAAUGGUUAUUAUCAUGUAUGAGUGUGUCACACUCUUGCUUUAUUAGAUGUUAUGAGGUACAUGUAUGUCUUUGUGCAUACAAAUUAUCACCAAAUAUAAUAACAUUUAUGAGUACACAUAUGUAAAUGUAUUUCAGUGGAAAAAAUCCAUAUUGAUUGAUUAAGUCCAAAAUGUUAAUAAGAAAAUCAUGGAAGCAAUGUUUAUUUUGUUCCCAUGUUUUGCAUGUCAUUAGUACACAGUUGCUUUAAUGUACAUACUUGUUAAAGAUGUGUUCAUUUUGUGUUUUGAGUAAACUAUAUAUCCAGUUAACCAUUGUGCCAAAUAUGUAUUUGUUUUACUAACAUCCUGUUUGUGUGAUAUGAUUUAAUUUAAAGUAUUAUCACUUGUAUUAUUUGCAAUUUCUCUGAUUGAGUUGUCUGCCCCUUGUAACCUUCACUUUAUGUAUUGAGCCUCGCUCUGGGAAAGAGGGCUUAAUGCAUACGCUUUAAGUGUGAUCCCAGAUAAGCCUGUGCAAUCUGCACAGGCUAAAAAGGGACAACACUCUCAGUUUUAAUGUUUUUUUCUCAUUUAAAUGAUAUCUCUCCUAAAAAAAAUUAAGUUUACACAAAGUGUUGAUCCUGAUUAGCCUGUGUUGACUGCACAGGCUGGUCUGUGAAAACACUACGCACAUGCAUUAAGCCCAGUUUUCUCACAACCAGGCUCUAUUAUAUUUGUCCCUGCUGCUAUUUGUAAAUUUUAGUGUUUAAGUCCCAUAUGUAAUUUAAGUCCCAUGAUUUGUCACUUUUACAUUUUAACUUUAUCAUGAUUUUUGUGCUUGUAAUUUAUCAUUAAUAAAUAAAAAGUUAGGCAUCCGUUUAAUGUUGAUUUUAAUUAUGAUGUGACAAAAAUUAAAACAUGUUCACAGUUACUUUGCAAAUAGAUUGUAGGAUUUCAUCAGAAUUCAAAAGAUACUUAAUUAUAUUUCUGUCUUUUAAGUACAUGAUUACUUAGAUAAAGCUGUUUGUGAUGUUUAGAAGUAAUCUGCAAUCUACCAGGGUUUUUAGGUUUUUGGUUAAGAAAAGAGUUUCCACAAUGUGAGGAUUAUUUUUUAAGUAUAAUGCAUGUUUAAUAUGUUUCUAUAGUUGUAUUUCAGCUUUUAUUUACUAUAUUAAAGCUGCCAUGUCAAAGUUUAGAAAAUGACAAAAUUGAAAAAUAUUGUUUCAAAUUUUUAAAACAAAAUAUGUAUCGAAUAAUGUGGCACUAAUUCAGACCAUCCUAAGACGAGGUAUAGUGUGUCCUACACUUGUCUUUACCUCAAAGUCUGAGGGCACACUUACAGUUCAAAGGUCAAAUCUGAAGUCGCUCUUACAGUUCAAAGGUCAAAUUUGAGGUCACACUAACAGAUCAAAAGUCAAAUUUAGCCAUAAACCAGCUGGUAUGGACUGGAAUUUUUCCACUCAUGCAAUAUUAAAAUAAACACUAAUAGCCACCAUAAGGAGACUGAGUGUCACAUUCAUGACACGUCUCAUGACCUCAAAGGUCAAGGUCACACAUAGAAGUCAAAAGCCAAUUUUGGCCAUAAAAUAUUUGUUUUUGACAACUGGAGUUUUGUGACAAAAGUGGAAUGUGGGGGCAUCUGUGUCCUAAGAUCACAUGUCUUGUUCACUUUAUUUUAAGAAUGCCAAUUGUUCUGCUAAAUUCACUUUUGCUUUAAAAAUGACUUAAUUAAGUAAUUGGUUGUAAAGUCAUUUUGUUUCAUUUCAUUUAUAUGCACUGUAUGUUGUAUAUUGCCUGUUUCAGGAAGCUUUUUUUCAAACGUUUACCUCUUCAUAUAAUUAUUGUAUUAAGUUAAUUAUCUCAAUAUAGUAUGAACCAAUGAUAAUGAUAAAUGGAAGUUUUGUAUGUACAUUCCUAUUCCGUUGUGUUUUCAAAAUGUGAUAUGUUGGUAACAUACUCAUAUUAUUGUAUUUUUGUUUCGUAAGAGCUGCAUCCACUUUUGUGGACCAUCUUUGAUAGAUAAUAUUUCAAAUGGCCGUGCUCUGUAAAAAAUGGGGUUUAAUGCAUAUGCGUAAAGUGUCGUCCCUGAUAAGCCUGUGCAAUCCACACAGGCUAAUCAGGGAUAACUUUUUUUAUGCUUUUAUGAUAUCUUUUGUUUAAAGAAAGUCUCUUCUAAGAACAAAUCCAGGUAAGGCGGAAAGUGUCGUCCCUGAUUAGCCUGUGCAAACUGCACAGGCUUAUCUGGGACGACACUAUAUCCACAUGCAUUAAACCCCCAUUUCACAGAGCAAAUGUAUUACACACAUGUCUUUUUAAUGUACAUUUACAUUGCUGUGGACCUAGCCUUGUCUUUUUCAUCUGUUAAAGCUGCUUUGCUAUUGUUAACAUUUAUGGUUUUAUACUUUUUCAUUGUACACAUCAAUUUUCAAAAUCUAGUUCUAGGACUGUUCAAUUGUUAAAAAAAAGAAGAAAAUUUCUAAGAUGGGUAUUUCUAAGUACUAUUUUAAUAGAUUUUGAUAAUAUAUUGUGAUAAAAAUUUGUGACAUUGAUCAUUUGUUAAAUUUUAUACACUAUGAUGACAUAUUUGCCAUAUUUAUCACUUGUUAAAACUUUAUAUACUUAGCUGACAAAGUUGUUAUUUUAAACACUUGUUGUCCCCUACCGGUGAAACUGGAGGGGACUUAUGGUUUGCGCUCUGUGUGUAAGUCUGUGAGUCUGUCACACUUUUCUGGAUCCUGCGAUAAAUUUAAAAGUCCUUUAUAUUCUAUCUUGAAACUUGAAACAUGGACAGAUGGCAAUAUGGAGAUUAUGCAUGUUAUUUCAUUGUGUUCCUACAUCAAGAAUUAUGGUUGCUAUGGCAACAAAUAGACUACAAUUAUUGCUGAAAAUGAUGGAGUUUCACCGGUAGGGGACCAUAUUGCUUGACAAUAGUCUUGUUAAAACUUAAUAAACAUGUUCUAUGCUUACACAUUUGCUAUAUUAAUCACUUGUAAACUUAAUAUCCUUAGCUAACAAAUUUGCCAUCUUAAUUACGUGUUGGAACUAUGUAUUCAUAGCCGAUUGAUUUGCAAUGCUAAUCACUAGUUAAAACUUCAUACCAUUGGUUCACUAAUUUCCCCUCACCAGGUAAUCAUUUGUAAAAACGUCUUAUAAUUACGUUACUAGUUUUUAGCUCCACUGGCCAGAGGCCAACGGGGCUUAUGUCAUGGUCCUGUGUCCGUCGUGUGUGCAUGCAUCAGUGCAUGCGUGCGUUAACUUUUUCUUUAAACAUCUUCUUCUCCUAAUUCUGAUAAAACUUCUCACACAUGUUCCUGGGGUGAACCUCUUUCAAAUUUGAUCAAAAUAAUGCCCCUGGGGUCAAAUUUGACCCCGCCCCGGGGGUCAAUAAAUUGAACAUAUGCUUAUAUAGCCUAUUUUGUGCAAACUUUAACAACUUCUUGUCCAUAACCAUUGGGCCUAGUGCUACCACAUUUGGUAUGUAGUGACAUUUAAUAGAUCUCUACUUUGUUAGUUCAAAUUAUGCCCCUGGGGUUAAAUUUGACCCUUCCCCGGGGGUCACAAAAAUGAACAUAUGCUUAUAUAAAGCCUAUUUUGUGCAAACUUUAAUAAAAAUCUGCUUGUCCAUAACCGUAGGGCCUAGGACUACCAAAUUCGGUAUGUAGUGACAUCUAAUAGUUCUCUACUAGUUUGUUCAAAUUAUGCCCCCUGGGGUCAAAUUUGACCCUGCCCCGGGGGUCGCAAAAAUGAACAUACGCUUAAAUAAGGCCUAUUUUGUGCAAACUUUAAAAAUCUCUUGUCCAUAACCGUGUGGCAUAGUGCUACCAAAUUUUGUAUGUAGUGACAUCUUAUAGUCCUCUACCAAGUUUGUUAAAAUUAAGCCCCUGGGAUUACAUUUGACCGUUCCCCAGGGGUCACAAAAUUGAACAUAUGCUUAUAUUGGGCCUAUUUUGUGCAAACUUUAAAAAUCUUAUUGUCCAUAACCAUUGGGCCUAUUUCUACCAAAUUUGGUAUGUAUUAAAAUCUUAAAGUUCUCUACCAAGUUUCUUUAAAUUAUGCCCCUGGGGUCAAAUUUGACCCUGCCCGGGGGUCACAAAAAUGAACAUAUGCUUAAAUAAGGCCUAUUUUGUGCAAACUCUUAAAAUCUUCUUUGUUCAUAAUUAUAGAGCCUAGGGCUACUAAAUUUGGUAUGUAGUUACAUCUAAUAGUCCUCUACCAAACUGAAACAUAUGCUUAUAUAGAGCCUCUUUUGUGCAAACUUUAAAAAUCUUCCUGUCCAUAACCAUUGGGCCUAGGGCUACCAAAUUUGGUAUGUAGUGACAUCUUAUAGUUCUCUACCAAGUUUGUUCAAAUUAUGCCCCUGGGGCCAAAUUUAUCCCUUGAAGGCUCCCAUUAAAAAGUUGUUCAAGAAAAUUUGAUUCUUCAAAAAACAUGGCCACAGGAAGUCGUUGAACUUUGGAUGUUUAUGCCCUUUGCUAUUUACCUAUUCAUUAUAAGAUGAAUAAACUAUUUUCUUCUCAAACUAAAAGUUUAUCAAAAUACACAUGGAAUAACUUUUUAAUGUGAAAUAGAAAGAACAACAAUAUCUUUUGGAGAGAUAAAUUUACCUACGUUAUAAGCAAAGGACCAGUGCGACAAUUCCCAGGCUUUAAAAAAAGUCUGUUUAGUUAACACCGUAGUAACGUUUUCCAUAUAUAAAAAUGCUCACCCUUCCCACUUUAAGCGCCCAGUGAGACGAGGGAUAGAAAGAGAAAGUCACAUGCUUGAGUACAUUUCAACCCAUGCGCAUUGCACGCUUUUUUCGCAUAAAAAACAGUGGAGCAAUACAUGGCCCUCUUGUUUCAUCCUAAUCAAUAGUUAAAACUUCGUUUUUUAUUUGGCUGAAUAAGUUGCCAUCGUACUAAAUACUAAAAACUUGGUACAUUUGUAUACACAUUUGUAUACUUAAGUUUUAAGAUUUAUUUCUUUAUAUUAGCUUUUUUCUGAGAUAACUGGGCUUUAUUCAUGUGCUUAAAGUGUCGUCCCAGAUAAGCCUUUGCAGGGAUGACUCUGUCCGCUUUUAUGGAAUUAUUCAUUUAAAGGCAGUCUCUAUUUACCAAAAACGCACAUGCAUUAGGUCCAGUUUUCCAAGAGAGAGGCUCAUAUUUAUCACUUAUCCUACUGGGCCUGUAAGUCGCACAUUUUAUGUAGUCUUGUGUGUCUUGUUGAUAUAGCUCUUCAUGUGCACUGAUUGACUCUUUUUAUUCACCCCAGGAUCUGCAGAUGCCAGGGGUGCAUACAUUUAUAGGCCCGUGUCGUGCAUUCGUUUAAAUUGUUUGUCAGUACAAGGUUAACCCAAAUUGGAAAGUUUAAUAUACAUUUGUAAUAUCAAUUACUCAAAGAUUUCAUUCGUGCCUUCUGAUGUAUUUGAACAAUCUCAAUACAUGUAUGUCCACAUCACGUAAUUUCAUUUUAAGCUUGGCGUCGACUUUCUUUAGGACUAAGACUAGCUCAGAAGGUCAACAUUUUGGUUAAUCCAAAUUAACUUUGUGCUUGUCAUGAAUGCUACCUUGAAAGCUUUGAUUUUCAACCUGGGCAUUUACCGUCUUUAGGACUAAGAUUAACUCAGAAGGUAAACAUUUUGGUUGUGCUUGUCAUGAAUGCUACUUACUUGAUACCUGUAUUUAAGGCUUAGCACCCUAACAUCACCAGACCUCAUGUUGACCAUUAAAUUUACCUACUUUUGUAUUCGAGCAUGUUCAAAUGGACCAAUGAAUGCAUCAAUACUAACCAGGCUUGCAUCUGAUAAAUCUGCGUUAGUUGAACGCAACAGCUUGUUUCUGUGCUGUUUUCAAUUGUACCUGGUUAUGUCCCCUAUAGUCCAAUAGCUUGACGUAGUAUUCCUGAACACUUGUUUCCAUGAAUCCAUUGCAUUUACAAUUUAUUUAUUUAUUAUUCUAACAUAUGUUGUUAUUUAUAUAUAUAUUUAUAAUAAAGUAUUAAAACUGUAA